ACGGCCAUUUCCGGUAUUCCGUCGCGCAGACGGACGCUCCGCGAGUGUUGUAAGUGUUGCGGAACUGAGUUUUCGCUUGGAAUUUACGUGUCAAGUGUGAGUGUAAUGCGAUAUUGGGACAACGCAUGACAUUUAUCGUCACAUUAAAAGUGCGGGCGGAUCUCAGUGGUCGCAGCGUAAUGUGUGUGAAUACAUCGCGGACGUGUCGCGCGACGAGCCCCCGUAGCGCGGUGUGUAAAUAGCGCGUAGUGGUCGUUUGCGCACGCCCGGCGCGCAUCCGCGGCAUCCAGAUGAACGCGGGAUCACGGCAGGCGGUCGCGAGGGCCACGAGGGGAUUAUAGUGCGCAAGCGCGCGCGAACGAGGAAGAAAGAAGAAGAGAGAAAAGGAAAAAAAAAGAAAGAGAUCGACUGUGAGUGCUCGCAGAUAACCGCGGUGAUCUAUUUGACGGUACUUCAGCGAGGGUGCGAAGCGACAAACGUUGGUGACAACAAAGGGAACGCGCGGCAUUGGCUGUGUUGAUCAACGCAAAAAGGCGACGCAUAGGUGGCCGCAACGGUUCGGUGAACUUGGGGCCACCCCGUGAUGGACGGCGCGAACGUGAAUGGCGGGAACGCCGAAGCCCCGCGCGAGGAUUCUAACCUCGAAAACAGUGACGCGACUGUACUGACGGCGGAGACGCGGGAUUCUCUAAGUAGUAAGACGCAGUCCUCGGCCGACGGCAACGCGGAAGCGCAAGAAGUCAACGGCGACGUGAAAGGUUCAUCUAGGAAACCCGGCGCGGUGUCCUUGCGCAGGAAGAUGAGGAAGUCCAAGGCCAAUUCCACGAGCACCGUCGAGAGCGACGGAGCGGAGACUCUCGGUGUGAGCACACGCAAGCGUAAACAUUCGGAGUUUGAUGACGCCAGCUCCGAAGACUCGGAGUUCAACGGCUUUGAUUCCCAAGUGCUCGAAUUGCAGCCUGGAAGUCUAGUUCUGAAGAAACUCAUUGCUGAGGCAGAAAUAGCGGAAGCCCAAUAUGUGAAACGUAUAAGAUAUUCAAACAGGAGCUUUGACGGUAGAGAGAAGAAGGAGGACGAUCAAGAUAUCGAUGACAUGAGAGCCUAUAUUUAUGAGACAGAUAGCUUAGAGGAUGUAGGCAAAGUUAAAAAGGAAUCUGACAAAUCGGAAACAGAUUCUAUGGAUAUAUCGAAUAGUAUAGAUUCAGAAGCAGAGCCGAGUAAAAUCGAAGAUAUUUCUAUGAGAUCAGCGAACUCGUCAUCAGCUGCUAGCAGUCCAUCUGCAGCGUCGCAAAGGUCGAAAAGCAGUCGCUUUUCGCGCGGUCUCAGUCCAGGAGGAAAGCACAGAAGUCCCAUUGAUAUGUCGAAUCCGUUAUAUAAGGAGCCAUUUAAAUAUGGAUGGAAACGAGAAUUAGUAUUUAGAGCCACUAAUGACUCUGCCUUCAAGAGGAUGGCUGAUAUAUAUUAUUAUACACCAAAGGGCAAGAAGGUCAGAAGUUUUAGAGAAGUUGCAGAAUCUCUUAAUUCGAAGGAAUUAACCAUCGACAACUUUACAUUUUUCAAAGAACCCAUUGGUCUUGAUGAUCCUGAGAAGGAGAUUAUUCGAGAUGCCAAAAGAAUACGAGGUUCAGGAGGAUACACCACAGGAAGAAAAUCUUUUGGUAGAAAAUCAAUAGCAGCGAAGAAACCGGUGCCGGAACCUGUCGUUAAAAAACCGGUACAGGAACCUGUAACGAGGAGAUCGGCACAGGAAUCUGCAGCAAGAAAGUCAGUACAGGAGCCUCUUGCUUCUGUUCCGGCACCUGCUCCUGCACCUACACCUGCACCUACCCCUGCGACAGAAGCUUCAAAACUAACUCCACCUGUAUCAGUGCCUACAAGAGCUGCCACGAAGGCGAAAGCUUCGACAUCUCCGGCGUAUAAAACAAAAGCAGCUGCAAAGAAAACCCCUCAGAUAACAGAGAUGAAAUCAGCUGCUGAAGAGCCUGAGAUGCUUCCUCCUCAGCGGAGUACACCAAAUACAAGGAGGAAUCAGCAAGCAGUAGAGAAGGUUACCUCAGUUAAAACCAAAAGAUUACUAACGCCCAAAGUUCAAGAGCCGUGCAGCAUAAGAUGUUCUACAAGUAUGGGAUUAAUACCAAGUUUACAAUGUCGAGUCUGUCUCUGUUUAUAUCAUCCUGAGUGUGUUGAUGGCAUGGAGUUUGCAGGCAGUGAUGAAUAUGUCUGCAAGAAUUGUCAGCCGGAUACUAAAGAAUCUCAUACGUCAAACAAUCCAUCUUUGACACCACCUCCGUUGAUCCCAAUUAGCAUGUUAGGUGCCCAAAAUACGAAAUCGAAACAUCAAACUAAUUCGGCGCCGCCGAAAUUGCAAAGAAUCCCAAAGUCCGACGGUGCGGACACGCAAACGAGAAACUCUUCCAGAAUUUCCAAAACGCCAUCGAACGUAGGUUCCAAAACGAUGUCGAACGCGUCUUCGAACGUGGAUAGAACAGAAGCCGCUUGGUUCCCGCAAACGGAGAACGAGUUCUUGCAAAGUCACGACGGUGACGUGCCGAAACCAGCUCAGAAUAUUGCUGUGAUGGGCGGCAAAAGGUACAUAGUAGUGCCGAAAAAUAAUGCAAUGGCUGUUCAACCUGCUAGAGUGAAACCGGACAAGAUCGGCGACAAGCCGCCAAUUCUUCCAGACGGUUCACUUACUGAUAUUUCGAACACGGUGGACAAUUCCGCGGUGAAGUCACGCACGGUUCCGCCGAAAUCGUUGAAUGACGAUCCACCCGAAAAAGCAAAUAUUACGCCGGACGAAGAGAUAACAAAAGAUGAUUCGACGCUUUCGACAGACUUUGCAUCUGCUAUCACUGAGACUGAAACGUUCGAUAGCAAAGAUAACAAGGAUGAUAAAGAUAAUUCUCCCAAAGAAGAUCAAUCGAUUGAAGAUAUAUCGGUUGAAAAUGAAUCUUCCACUGCCAGCAUUGUAGAUUGUGUGCCUGAAAAGGAAAAUGCAGAUUUAAAUUGCAAAUCGCCUGACAAUAAGUCUGCAUGCACACCGACAUCUAUAGCGAGUACUGCAAACACUAUUGACGAAGCAAAUGUUGAAAUAAUUCAAACAGACGACCAACAGUUAUUAUCAAGUAAAGAGGGUACAGUAAAAAAGGUUAAGCAUAGCAAAAGGAAGCAAAUGUCUCAGCAGGAGACGGAGCAGCAGCAAAAUUUCAUGGGCUCAGUUUGCGCCGGUUAUCACGCUCUAUUGCGUAUAUUUCAAUAUCUUAAAGUUCAAGAGCUGCUGCGCGCCGCGCGAGUAUGCAAAAUGUGGCGUGAUCUCGCGGCACACCCGUCUCUGUGGAAGACCGUGCGCAUGAAGAACAGCCAGGUGACUGAUUGGGACGGUCUGGCAGACACGUUGCAGAGACGCGGUACGCAGCAUCUUGAUCUUAGAAAGAUGUUGGUAUCCGGCGAAUCCGACAACAUUUGGCGGAAGUUCUUAACCGUCAUACCGCGCGUUACCAGUCUCGUUAAGCUCGAGCUGUGCAGAUGCCCGGUCAUAGUGGUCGAAGAGGUCCUCAAGAGCUGUCCACAAUUGGAGGUGCUGAGCGCGAUGGCGAUUAAGUGUGAUUCUCUCACCUUGGAAUCGGUUGGGAAUCUGAAACGGUGCCAGGAACUGAGACUUAAGGCAAUCAGCGGGAUGUCGUUGCAGCAAGAUCUUACACCUUUACAAGAUCUGACGCAUCUAAUGCAUCUGAGUUUGACGUCGGUUAAAGAACUUGGGAAGAAGAAAAUUGACGUUAUACAGACAUUGACAAAUCUGGAAACAUUGGAGUUGGGCGAAUGCUCCGAUUUCCCUGACAAAUUCGGAACCACCGUUCUGAUUAAAUUAAGCAAAUUGGAACGUUUGAGACUCGAAAAGGGUCAAGGAUCUUGCUGUACAUUCGACAUUCUCGAAGGCGUAUCGAAAUUAGAGAAUCUUAAUCAGAUGGAGCUGGUCAAUUUUGACGUGAAGAAUGGUUUCGACAAGUGUCUCGCCAAUUGCAAGAAUAUUAAAAGGUUACUGAUCAUACCAACUUACAUAUCCCAGUCGGCGACGUCCAACAACAUGGUGCUCGGUGGUGUCACAGAGCUGUCGAACAAUUUGACGCAUUUCGUAUGGGGCGUCACGCUCGAGUUACUCAGGGUCACAGAAUUGUUCGUCGAUCAAUGCAAUCUCAUGAGCAAGCAGGUUACCGGAGAUUCUAUACCAGUCUUAAAGCCAGUCCCCUGCUUAAGAUUGAUCGCGGACGUCGAGGAUGAAAAUGACUACCAAAAAAGCGAUGACAAGCAGCAGCCACACCAAACGAGUCCGCAAGUCGACAUUUUACCGUUGCCUCAAUUACAGAAGCUUCUUUUGACUGCAUUACCCAAGACACGAGUUAAGAUCUUGAAGAUACCCUUCCAUGCCACAUGGCGGCAAAGCAUUUCCGAUACCGCGGCGCAAUAAAAGCGAACGAGGUGAUAUGAGCUGAUAUGAAAUUAAUAGAUGGGGCAAUUAGAAACUUAUGUGACAUAUGUGCAAGAGUUGGAAAGUUAAACUCUUUUUGUAAAGUUAAACUCUAUACUGUGUCUGUGCUCCAAUAUUUGCGAGUUUGAAUGAAGAAAGUAACUUUUAUAUAUACAUAUAUAUGUGUAUGUAUGUAUACAUAUAUUUAUGUAUCAUGAGUCUUAUAAUCUUCAAUCAUCAAUACCCUUUAUAACGUAUGGGUACACACUGUACAGCAAUGGCAUCCACUGCGGUAUAUUUAAUGCUCUUGUGAUAAAUACGCGGGACCAUACAUAUUAAGCGUCAUCCGCGACGUAAAAUGACGCGGGCCGGCAACACUGUCUGUGUGUGUGUGUGUGGAUUAAUUUAAUCAAAUAAAACACUGAAUUUUAUAUAUCAAAAUUUUGUAUAUCGAUGCUGUUUCGCACACUAACUGUGGAAAAGUGGUACAGAUUUGUACUUUGUCAAAGUUGCUGCAAUGUGUACCUGCGUUGAAGAAUGAAUUUAUGCAAUUUUUUAAAACAUCAGUUUCUGAUCAAUUUAAAUUUUGUUUCUUUAUAUCAUAAAUAUUAAUUUAACUGGUUAAUCUCUUACCUUUUGCUGUUUUAAUAAAAAUUUUCUUUUGAUAUUACAUAUUAUAAAAUAAAUCUUAUAUAA